AUGGACACCAUCUUCUCCCCAACAACGAUCUUGGUCCUCCUGGCCUUGACCGCCAUCCUCUACCUCGCCUCCCGCGCCGCCCUCCCCAAACCCCUCCCGGGAAUCCCCUACGUCCCCGGCUCCGAAAAAAACCUCCUAGGCAACCUCCCCCUCGCCCUCGCGCACACCAAGCAUGCCGGCCGCUUCAGCAGCUACUUCUACAAACCCGCCGAAGACCUUGGCGUCCCCCUCCUCCAACUCUUCAUGCAACCCUUCGGGCGCCCCUGCCUCCUCCUCUGCGACGGCCGCGAAGCCCAAGACCUCAUGACGCGGCGCGCGCACGAGUUCGAGUACGCGGAUUUCGCGAUCGAUCUGCAUCGCGGGGCGUGGCCGGGGACGUUGGCGGCGCUCAAGACGAAUGAGCGGUGGAGGGCGAAUCGUAGGAUGUUGGGGGAGACGACGACGUCGCGGUUUGUGAAUUCGGUCGGGUUGGAGGCGAUGUAUCGGGGCGCGGGGGAGUUGGUGGAGUUGUUGGCGUUGAAGGCGAGGUUGGCACGGGGGGAGGUUUUUGAUGUUAGGGAGGAUUUGAAGAAUGCUACGGCUGAUAUUAUCUGGACGUACUCGUACAAUGGCAAGCUUGGGGCCGUUUCUUCACAGAUUGAAGCAUUGAAUGAGAGCAACAAACUCCUCGAUAAUCAGGUUCUCGCCGCGAAGCUCCCAGACGUCCUGAAAGCCAUCAUCGACAUCUCAGCGACAUCACAGAUCCCGCUCGAGUCACCACUCGGCAUCACGCACCAGAAGCUCGUGCUAAGACUUACGCCCAAACUGCGUCGUGCUACCGCCGUGCAUGAUGCAAGGCUGGAGCAUGAGGUUAAACAAGCGGCGAAGCGUCUCUCGGAGAAGAAGCUACCAGCGGACGAGAGCGCCAUGGCGUCGAUGUUGAAUAGAUUACAGGCGACUUUUGGCGACGAAAUUCCGGCUUCGGAGUUGAAGGCUGUGCAAAACGAGUUGGCGUUGAUGAUGCAUGCCGGGCAGAAGACUGUUGCGGAUACGACAGCGUGGGCGUUCAAGUAUCUUGCUGUGCAUCAGGACGUGCAACAAAAAGUGCGCGCCGAGCUCAAGGCCGUCUUCGGCAACGUCUCAACAAUCCCCAAGGAGGACAUCAUCCCCGCCAACCUCCCCCAUUGCGACGCAGUCGCCCACGAAGUCCUUCGCCACAUGCCCAUCAUCCCCUGCCACAUUCGCACGAGCCUAGUCGACACCCAGCUCCUCGGCCACUUCAUCCCCAAAGGAACGAAUGUCUUCAUGCCGCCUGUCGGACCCAGCUUCACCUCCCCCGCCCUCCCCAUCGACGAAAGCAAACGCACCGGCAACACCACCUCGCGAAUGUGGAGCCACAGCCACACGGACCUCGACGUCUUCCGUCCGGAUCGCUGGCUCGUGAAGCAGGAAGACGGCAGCGUCAAGUUUGACAAUCGGGCGGCGCCGAUGCUGACGUUUGCUGAUGGGCCGCGGAUGUGUUUCGGCACCAAGUUUGCGAUGCUGGAGUUUCGGGUGUUGUUGGUCGUGCUGCUGUGGCAUUUUGAGCUGCUGGAGUUGCCGCGGGAGUUGGUGGAUUUUGAGGCGAAUGAUUUUUUGACGAUUGAGCCGCGGAAUACGAGGGUGAGGUUGAGGGUUGUUGAGCGUGGUUAG